AUGCUCUUCGAACUAGACGUAUUUCCACUAUGCUUGAAAUCAAACGGCGACGGGACUCGUCUUGUCGUUGGAUGUGUUGACGGAACUGUCCGAUUCUACGAUACGACAGGAGACGAACAGUUCGAAGAGUUCUGGACAUUCAAGACGAAGAGCAGUAUCCGAGCAGUCGACAUUGAUGAGAAAAGCGGAAAAGUAUAUGCGGUGACGAAAAAUAAAGCACUUUGUGUGUUCGAUAUCGAGACUGGAAAAAGGUACAUUACUCUUGACAAGUACAAGAAAACGACUGAAUUUCUCAGAAUCCGCUGCAUUCUGAAGUGUCACUCGUCCACCCCUUCCGCCAUUUGCACUCUUCCUGCGUCCGCUCUCAAGUCACAACAACUGGCGACUGCCGACGAAUCCGGUGAAGUGAGGACGUGGAAUUUGGAUGCGGAAGAACCGAUGAUCCGGAAGUGGAACGAGCAGGAAGAAGAGAUCAACGAGCUGAAAGUCGAUGUGAAAACGAAUCUUUUGGCGACGUCAUCAGAUGGAACUCUCGGAGCGUAUGAUCUGAGAAAAGGAAAGUUCAAGGUGCGGAGCGAAGUGAUGCACUCAGAACUGUUCGGAGUUUGUCCGACGGAAAGAUCGGUGUACGUGGGCGGAGAGGACGGAUACGUGGAAGUUUUCAAACUGAACGAAUACGGAAAUCUUCUCGAACGAGUCGAGAGUGGUUUCGAAAUGGGAGUGAGUGGCAUUGUGGAACUGCGAACUGGGUUGCUCGGAUUGACGAGUCAGGGAAGUAACAGAAUGAGACUUUUGAACGUGAUGCCCUCGAAACGACUAGGAUUCGCUGGAUGUCACGGCGACGAGAAGAACGAUGACGACGGAAUUGAUGCGAUUACGGUGAGAACGAACGGAUCCGAACACAAACAUCCACGUUUUCAGAUCUCUGCUGACAAAUCGACAGUGUACACUAUGAUCUCGAUGAGUAGAACCAUUAAAAAGUGGGAAAUGGAAGCGAUUACGCAAAAGAUUCCCGUACUGAGAGCACAAGAUGCAAAGAAGAAGAAGAAUCAGAAAUUGGAGGGAUUCUUUGACGAAAUGGUCGAGAAGAAAGACGAGGAUUCCGAUGACGAGCCGAAGAGCAAGAAGAGAAGAGAAAAUGAUUCAGAUGAUUCGGAUUUAGAAGGAGAGGAUGAGGAGGAGGAAGAAAGUGGAGGAGAAAACGAAGAAAAAGAGGAGGAGGAAGGGGAAGACAGCGAUUAG